UCAUUGGCUCCCUCGCCUGCCUCCCCUCCACGGCUUCACCUACUCAACAGUAUCACACUCCCCCCACCACACCGGGGCACCACACCUCGCCGCACCGCCACCACCGCCCCAUAAAAGUGUGUUCUUGGCCACACGCGCGUCUAAAACCAGCUCGCAAGCGUUUCUUGGCAAAGCGGCGGCGGCGGCGACGCGUCGACGGCAAGAUGAUCACCGGCACGGACUUCUACCACGUGAUGACGGCCAUGGUGCCGCUGUAUGUCGCCAUGAUCCUGGCGUACGGCUCCGUCAAGUGGUGGCGCAUCUUCACGCCGGACCAGUGCUCGGGGAUCAACCGCUUCGUGGCGCUCUUCGCUGUGCCGCUGCUCUCCUUCCACUUCAUCUCCACCAACAACCCUUACACCAUGAACCUCCGCUUCAUCGCCGCUGACACGCUGCAGAAGCUCAUCGUCCUUGCGCUGCUCACCGUGUGGAGCUACCUCUCCCGCCGGGGCUGCCUCGAGUGGACCAUCACGCUCUUCUCCCUCUCCACGCUGCCCAACACGCUCGUCAUGGGCAUCCCGCUGCUCAAGGGCAUGUACGGUGACUUCUCCGGCAGCCUCAUGGUGCAGAUCGUCGUGCUCCAGUGCAUCAUCUGGUACACGCUCAUGCUCUUUAUGUUUGAGUACCGCGGCGCCAGGAUCCUCAUCACCGAGCAGUUCCCGGACACGGCGGGCGCCAUCGCGUCCAUCGUCGUGGACCCCGACGUGGUGUCGCUCGACGGGCGGAACGACGCCAUCGAGACGGAGGCCGAAGUGAAGGAGGACGGCAAGAUACACGUCACCGUGCGCCGCUCCAACGCGUCGCGCUCGGACAUCUACUCGCGCCGGUCCAUGGGGUUCUCCAGCACCACGCCGCGGCCUAGCAACCUGACCAACGCCGAGAUCUACUCGCUGCAGUCGUCGCGGAAUCCCACGCCGCGGGGCUCCAGCUUCAACCACACCGACUUCUACUCCAUGGUCGGACGCAGCUCCAACUUCGCCGCCGGGGACGCGUUCGGCGUGCGCACCGGCGCCACACCCAGGCCGUCCAACUACGAGGAGGACGCGCCAGGCAAGGCCAACAAGUACGGCCAGUACCCGGCGCCCAACCCGGCCAUGGCGGCGCCGCCCAAGACCAAGAAGACCGCGAAUGGGCAGGCCAAGGGCGAGGACGGCAAGGACCUGCACAUGUUCGUCUGGAGCUCCAGCGCGUCGCCCGUGUCCGACGUGUUCGCGAACGGCGCCACCGAGUACAAUGACGCCGCCGCUGUCAAGGAGGUCCGCAUGGCCGUCGCCUCCCCGCGCAAAGUUGCAACGGACGGGAGGAAGGAGAGGGGCGAGGAGUACGCAGAGCGCGACGACUUCAGCUUCGGGAACAGGGGCAUGGGGGAGAGGGACGCGGAGGCCGGCAGCGAGAAGGCGGCGGCUGCGGCGAUCGAGCAGGGGAGGGCCGGCGUGGCAGCGCCCGCGGCGAUGCCGCCGACGAGCGUGAUGACGCGGCUCAUCCUGAUCAUGGUGUGGCGCAAGCUCAUCCGCAACCCCAACACCUACUCCAGCCUCAUUGGACUCAUCUGGUCACUUGUCUGCUUCCGGUGGAACUUCGAGAUGCCGGCGAUCAUCCUGAAGUCCAUCUCAAUCCUGUCGGACGCUGGCCUCGGCAUGGCCAUGUUCAGCCUCGGGCUGUUCAUGGCGCUGCAGCCGCGGAUCAUCGCGUGCGGGAACAGGGUGGCGACGUUCGCCAUGGCCGUGCGGUUUCUGACCGGCCCGGCCGUCAUGGCCGCCGCCUCCUUCGCCGUCGGCCUCCGCGGGACGCUCCUCCACGUCGCCAUCGUGCAGGCAGCGCUGCCGCAGGGCAUUGUCCCCUUCGUCUUCGCCAAGGAGUACGGCGUGCACCCUGACAUCCUCAGCACGGCAGUCAUCUUCGGCAUGCUCAUCGCGCUGCCCAUCACGCUGGUGUACUACAUCCUGCUGGGGCUGUAAAGAAACAACAAGCCAAGCUGUUGCUGCAGGUCACAGCUAGCCAUGCCGGAUGGGUUAGGUGACAGGAGGGGGCAUGGGAGCUGCAGCGACUGCAAGUGCGUGCAGGGGAGGACACGGAGGAGGUUAACUAGGAUUACUAUUCUUAGGUGUAGAGAUCAUGGAAGGCGAUUAGAGAAGAAAAAUGUUCAGGACAAGAGUCGGGUACUUGGGUUGAAGGAGGGCCCGGGAGUUGACAGAGGUACAGAGCUUCCGGUUGUUCAGGCUGUAAGGUUGAUUUGAGGUUUUAGGAGGUUGUGAUGGGGAGUUUGCCAUGGAUGGUUGGGCUCGUCUUGUACAAUGGAUGGAUGUCACUUUGAUGGAAUGCUAGAGUUCUUGUUCA